GUUUUUAAUUAGCGAAGCACAACAAGGAAAGAGUCGAGGGAAUGAAUUGAAGGAAAACCACCAGUAUUUUCGGGGGGGCAAGGCGAGCGUUUUCCAACGUACAUAAAUCCUUUUGCUUCCUUCGGAAACAGGUAAAAAUGAAAAGAUUCAUAGCAAAGGAUUCAUUAAUGGAGAAUUAAUAGCUUGUAGGCUUGAUUGAGGUUGAGCAGGGUCCAUAACCCAGACAGCAUUAGCCCUAUCUCAAUGGCGCCGGCAAGAUUUCCAUUGAUAUAUCACUUCCAUCUGUUUCAGAGUAUCGCCACGCAGAUGACCUUGGGUGCAAAUACGAGGCAGCUGAUCAUAACGAAUCUACGUACUGGAAAUCAUAUUAGCUUUACCUGCAGGGAUCUAGGGACUCAGUCACAGCUGCAUGAUCCACCGCACUCAUACGACGAGCACACGGACGUCGUCAUGUUUCCUGAGGGUUUUGAGGGCCUCACGUGUUUCAAGACUGUGAGGCAUGUCCUUCACCGCUUGCUCAACGAAGAAGUAGCGCUAGAUAGCGUCAUAUUGCUGGUCACGGCAAGUGAGCAGGAGUUUGAGACGGCCAUGCCACCAGAGGGUACGAUGAAGGUGCUUGAGCUCGGCAAGUUCGAAAAUGGGAUAUGGGCGGUAAUGAGGCGUAGCUCGCCGAUGGGAAUGUCACUAGAAUGUUGUUUAAACUGGAUUUUGAACAACUUGAGGAGAGGUGGUGGAGAAAGGCGAUCAGAAAACUAUGGUACACAUCUGGAUGGAUUCUGA